AUGAGCACAGGUAAACCAACUACACCGUUGUCUUCACCAAAAGUCACAGACAAAAACAGCAUCAGACCGUCGACGCCUCCUCCAUCAUCGUCGGGAGACAACUCGCUUCAUAGGAUCUCAGCAAGCUACUUGAAAACGCCAGAACCGACCCUGGAAGUUCCGUUUUCACCAUCCUUGAAACGUACAAAUUCAGGCUCUUACAAACUGCCUGACUAUAAGUUAAACCACAAUAACGUGACCUCACCCUACAGCUCUGCAAACUUGUUGAAGACACCCAGACAUACUGGCUAUGAUUCUGCUGAAAGGCGUCUGAAACUCCAGAAGACUCCACAGUACUUUUCCCCAGCCAAGAAGUUGUUCCAGAAUGAAGAUGGUAGUCCCAAUAAGGAAGAUCUCACAGAGAUAACGCUGCAGCUCAAAACACGAUUGAGUUCUGCAUUGGGCAAGUUGCAACGGGACGAUUCAUCUGCUUCAAGAAAUCACAUCACUUUUACAGAAUUGUCGUUUGACUCAGAAACGUCGCCGACAAAGAAGCUGAAGCCGGAGUCUGACAAAAAAGUAUGGUCGCCAUCAAAUUCUCUCCAAAGAGCCAAUCUAAAUCUCCAGACGUUACAACAAUCGCCUCUUCCCAAGAACACUACCUCACCUCAUUUGGUACAACCUUCAUCAUUUGUUUCCUCCAACUCAAAUUCUCCCUUGAAACAGUCCCCUUUUUUGCAUAAUGAUUUGGAAAAUAGACCCUACCUAAAUAUGCCUUCGCCGGAUGAAGAGUCCAGUGCCCACAAUGCCUUGUUAGCGGCUUUGUCGAGGCAGAGGCGUAAGUCCAGAUCUUCUUUUUCGCUGGGAACUAAACGCAGAUCUUCUAUAGUCACGGCGAAUGAUGAAGGAUCAACUUUAAUUCUUCAACAGCAACAGCCCACAACUCCUAGUCAACAGCAGUCGGUAAAAUUGCCUCCUCUAAACAUAGCUCUAGGGAGUGAUAUCAGAGGAGAACCCUACGGAUCAGGGUUACCUUCGUUUGAAGCUAAAGAGACUCGUAAAACUAACGAACAGGACGCUGUAUUGUCACUCAUGUCGUUGUCAUCACCACAAUCCAUCAAAUUUGGCCACAGUAGGAACCACAGCCUUAAUAACAACAAUACAACCACAUCUGUUUCUUCGCCUGGAUCUUCCAGAUCGUCACUGGUGAUAGUUCAGAGUCCACAGAACCCCCUUCCCCUGCCUAUGCCUAUUCUUCCGCCCAUCACCAGUUUGGUGAAUGAACAGAAGAAGAAGAAGAGAGUACCAACAGGACAGAACAUUGGCAAUGCCAUAGACUCAGAUGCCACUGAUAUAGAUGAAGAUGUGACAGACGAUGAAAUAUGA